CAGUCCGGACGACAGCACCAGCAUCCAGCACAUUUUACUCUUUUAUUUUCAUCAAUUUAAAGUGAGAGAGAAAAAUGUUAAUAUUGUUUUGUUACUACAAAAUUCAAACAUCAAUCAAACAUUCUAAAAUGAAUUAAACUAUUUAUAAGUGUUAUAAAAAUAUUUCCAAAAGAAAAUUGAUCGAUUUUCUGUACAAAAACAAAGAAAAAGCCACCACCAAAACCAACCACACACGUCUCCAAUUGUGUCAACAAAAACAAAAAUGGCCACUACCGAAAUUUCAUCUUCCAACGAACGACACUACUAUGCAAAGCUGGAAGCUGUUAAGGAUAUCCGAGACAAAACCGUUCAGCUGGAAAAGCUCAAAGUGAAAAUUAUAAAAGAAGUGAAAAUCAGUGACGACGAAGAAAAAUGCCUCGAAGAGUAUCGCAAAGAGAUGGAGCAUUUGCUGGAGGAGAAAAUGAGCCAUGUUGAAGAACUGCGACAGAUUCAUGCGGACAUAAAUGACAUGGAGAACGUUAUCAAGCAGACCAAGGAGAAUCAGACACGUUCAGUGGAUAUGGCCAAUCGAAUAUACGAGGAGUAUCUUGCCAUGAAGUAUCAAAUCGAUCACAUGCGAAGAGACUAUCUAGGUCUGAGUCCACUAAGAGAUUUGCACGAAGAAGAAGGCAGCCCCAUUUCGAAAGAUCGCUUUCAGGCCAACUUUUUAAAAGCCCAAAGUGCAGCAGCAGCAAGUUCAUCAUCUGCUUCGUCUCUAGCACGUCCACAUCCCAGGCAUCCUUUAUUGCCGGAAGCUACAGUUACAUCGUUGCCACCAUCGGGUCCACAGCAUGCAUUUAUGCCUCCAGCACCGCCUCCGCCAUCGUCGGUUGGGGGUUCAGUGACACGACUCAAUAAAAGCGAAUUUCCCCCUUCGAAUCGCCUCCAACAAAGUCCAUCCAUUGGUAUGGGACAUCCCACCUUUCGUUCUGACUUUAAUGUGAAUCUCAGACAACAACCGCCGCCCAUGAAGUCUUGUUUAUCUUGCCAUCAGCAAAUACAUCGCAAUGCUCCCAUUUGUCCAUUGUGUAAGGCGAAAAGCCGUUCACGGAACCCCAAGAAGCCAAAAAAGAAAAACAAUUAAUUUCGAUUUCCGGGAUGCCAGGAUAGCUAGAAAGACGAAAGACGAUAGACGACAGCUGCAGUCGUUGACUCCUGCACUUUCAGCUCUGGAAAGCAUUUUACUUAUAGAGUUAUAUUAUAAUCCUUAUUA